AACACAGACGUCAAGAUCCUUCAAAAUGAGAGGCUUUAUUCUCCUCGCAGUCCUGGCGAUCACCUUUCUACAAAGAUCCACCGCUUUGUUGGAGGUUAAAGGCCCAUCGGAGCCGAUUCUGGAAGGCCAGGAUGUGACAUUGGAGUGUGUGGAUACAGAAUCAGAGCUGAACAUGAGCAUGGUGCACUUUGAGAGGUUCUCCAAGUACAUGAAGAAGUGGUAUCGGCUGGAAACAGACCAGCAGUUUUUCUACCGCCGCUGUUUUCUGUAUGACGUGGAUGUGAGACGGGAGGAAGGCAAACUUUUCGUCUUCAUCGCCAGCAUGCAGUCCUGGUCCGAGGGUCCAUACCGCUGCAUCACCGAGGACAACUCCACAGCAAAAAACACCUCGGAUCCGCUCACCGUCCCCAUCCACUAUAUGCGGGAGGUGGCAGUGCACAGGGCCGGUUUAGGAUACUUAACACGCUAUUUCAACUCAGUGCAGGACCUCCGAGUGCGAUUAGGAGACGAUGUGGAGCUGGAAUGCUCUACUUCAGCCUCCGAGGAACCUGAGUACUUCUGGGCCAAAAAGGGGGAAGACUGGCUCUUGCCCUCCAAUAAGCUGAAGCUGGAUAAGGUGAAGGACGAUGACAGUGGGAGAUACACCUGUUCUGCUCAGUCACCCACUGUACGAUCCCUCAUGAAGAAACGUACCAUCAGCAUCACUGUUCUAAAAGAGGACGCAGCAUGGUAUGAGUCAACCAUUGGUCGCAUUGUUCUGGUGGUUUGUCCUGGAUUUGUCCUUCUGGCGGUUGCGGUAGCCAUGACAACUUUCCUCUGCCACAGAUCUAAGCAGAGGCAGAGCAAGGGUCCCAUUGAUGACCGUUCCCAGAAGAAACCCAUCUACAGGUCCAGCGUGGAGUCUCUACCCUCCACUCUUUCUGACAAGCAGCCGCUGGUGUAAAGAGUGAGAUUGAUGGAGGACUGGAGAGGAGAGAAAAGAAGACAAGAGGAAAAAGAUGAGGCUGUAUUGGCUAUUCAGAGUAGAAGGGAGUUAAUGAGAGUGUUGCACAUAGAUUUUGUUAUGCUCUCGGGUCUUUAUUCAGAUAUGUAAUUAGAAGACUGUCUAUGGGGGGAAUCGAAAAAAGUAUAUAUACAAAGACAGGACAAAUGGUGGUUUUAUCCAAAGUCCUUUCCAGCAUGGAUGGCAGCAGUGCUUUUCAACAAAAGGUGUGCAAUUUUCUCUGUAUUGAUUCAACAAUCCUGCAAAAUUGAGAAAUGCUGAAAAGAUGUUUUUGCGAGGUGACAUUGAACGCUCCUUUCUUCCCACCAGUCUUGGGGUUGGUGUAUUUCUUCAAAGCGAUUAAGAUUUCUUUUUAGGAAAACCAGCGUCUGCGAGCUGCACUAUCGUUUAGUCAGAUGAAUAAAUUUGGUGGGUAUUGCUUUACAUAAGUACAUAAAUGUUCCGCUUCACUUGAAAGACAGUAGAUAAGAUCCAAACCAACACUGAACCAAUUACUCUUGAAGCACUUUCAAACUCUUGCACUUUUUACACAAGUUUGAUUAUUUUUUUUCUCUGUAUCUUUGAAUUUAAAGCUAUUAAAAUCAUUUUACAACAUAA